GGCGAUGCUCGAGAGCAAUCGAGUAAAGCUAUCUGUCGAUCUUACAAAAAAGACUCAGGCCAUCGUUGGUAGUUAGAUUUCCGAUAAUUAGAAGAAAGUAGUCCUCGUGUUGCCUUAAAGUACAUUAUUAUGCCGUAUGUUUUCGCUUUUUUUUAAAUGAAAAUGCCUCUAGAUAAAGUAAAAUGUUUGGUGGAAAACUUCUAUAAGCAGUUGUUUGAAUCGAAUUUGAUAGAAGCAAUUUGUUGUGAUCGAAUAUGCCUUUGCUUUUGUAUGGUGCGCGGUUGGUGUAUUCUAGACAUAUUUCACAUCGAUAUUUAUCCGGUUUGCCAGACACCUUCAAACCCUUUAAACUUAUCAAUCGGGUAAUCUCAUAUAUUGAUGAUGUGACUGGUGCCACAGAGAUUCGUGAAGCUCAUGCAACGUUAAAACAGAAUGAAAAAAAAUUACAAGACGCGCAGGCUUUGCGACGUAAAAAACGCGAUGAGUUGGAUACGUUACAAAUUCGAAUGAAAGAGAUACACAGUGAACUAGACAGGUUUUCUCGUGGGGAUGACAAGUAUCUACGUUUGUUAACCGAAGAACAUGCAGUUAUAAAAAGUGAGCAACUUUUAAUGGCCGAAGUUAGAAAAGCAGAUGAAGCCGAAAAAGCGGCAUUUGAUGCAUUGUCAAGUACGCUUCGGACUAGCCGCGCAAAGGAACAGGAACAAUCGGACAGAGUAAAAACGUGGACAGUUAUAGCUUCCACACUUGGUGCACUAUUUGGAAUUGUUGGUGCUUGGGUAGCAAAUGAAGUUAGGAUGCGUAAGAUGAAAGAGCUUGUACCAGACUCUGCACUGUUGACACCACUGGUGAAAAAGAUGACGGCAUUGGUUGAGAAACAGCAGAACGAGGUAGCUGCAUUUAUCACUGACAUUAGAGAAGCGAUGCAUUUAAAAGCCGCCGAAGGGAUGGCAACUAUUGCCCCAAAAAAAGGCAUGACUAAUGACGUACUGUCCGAAACGAUUUUCAACCUUCUGCACGAACAGAAUAAAGUUUUAACGAAGGAACUUGACGCAAUAAAACGCUUGAUUGCAACAGAGUUAAACUUGAAAGCAGAAACACCAAAUGUGGUCUACAUUGGCAAUGACAUGGAGGAUCUCCUUAGUAAGUCAGAGAAAAAUAUUGAAUCCAAAAUGAAACUGCAGACACUUGUUGAAGUGGUUUUUCUAUAUACCCUUAUAGCUGUGUCCUUACCAUUGAUAUAUGCUCUGUUUAAAGGACCUUAGGGCAUUGGCGUAUAAUUCUCGGUGGUUGUGCACUGCUUUCGUUUUAAAACAUAACAUCAGGCAUGUUAUUAUUGCCUUUACGGGUAUUUAAAAAUAG